AUGCUUCAUAAAAAUGUGGAGUGUUAUGUUGACGACUUGGUGGUAAAGCCAAGGAAGAAAGAUGAUCACUUGCAAGAUUUGAGGAUGGUAUUUGAACGGCUUUGGAGAUACCAACUUAGAAUGAAUCCAUUGAAGCGCGCCUUUGGAGUUACUUUAGGGAAGUUCCUUGGUUUUAUUGUUCGACACCGAGGUAUCGAAAUUGAUCAAGCUAAGGUGGAUGCUAUCUUAAUAAUGCCCGAGCCUAAGGAUAUUCAUGAGUUAAAAAGCUUAAAAGUACUGGCAGCCCCCAUACCUAGAAAGCCAUUAAUAUUAUACAUUUCAGCACAGGAAAGGUCAGUCGGAGCGCUUCUAGCUCAAGGAAAUAAUGGAGGCAAAGAAAAUGCACUUUAUUACUUGAGUAGGAUGAUGACGCCAAAUGAGCUCAAGUAUUCACCUAUCGAGAAGUUACGUUUGGCACUUGUCUUCUCUAUUCAGAAGAUGAAGCAUUACUUCCAGGCUCACGUUGUGCGACUCGUCUCAAGAGCGAAUCCUAUCAAGUUUGUCAUGUCUAAACCAGUCCUAAGUGAUCGAUUAGAGAGGUGGUACCUCCAAUUUCAACAAUUUGAAAUUGUGUAUGUUCCUCAAAAGGCGGUUAAUGGACAAGCAUUAGCGGACUUCCUAGCUGACCAUCCAAUUCCAAAUGAUUGGGAGUUGUCUGAUGAAUUGCCUGAUAAAGAUGCAAUGGUCAUAGAAAUUCAACCUCCUUGGAAGAUGUAUUUUGAUGGCGCUGCAGCUGGCGCUGGAAUAGUGUUUAUCACUUCUCAAGGAGAAGUUUUGCCAUAUUCUUUCACUCUGACACAAUGGUGCUCCAAUAAUGUUGCUGAAUAUCAAGCGCUCAUACUUGGGCUUGAAAUGGCUGUGGAAUAUCAAACAAUUGCAACUAUAAGUUUUUGGAGACUCCAAAUUGGUAAGUUGGCUUGGAGAGGUAACUAUUCAAAACACGUGCCGAGAAAGGAAAACAAGAGAGCUGAUGCAUUAGCAGCCUUAGCUUCUACAUUAUCUUUGCCUGAUCAGACACAAGUCGUUGUUUGCCAAAUAUGGGUAGUUCCUCCACCAAAUGAUUAUGAGGAAGAAGAAAGCAAAACCGAGUAUCCUGCUCGCGUUCUUGAGGUUGAAAUUGAAGAUUGGCGACAACCAUUAAUUGAUUAUCUUUGUCAUGGGGUAUUACCGGAAAAUCCCCGAAGGAAGACAGAAAUCCGAAGGAGAGCCCCUCGUUUUCUUUAUUAUAAGAAUACACUCUAUAGACGAUCAUUUGAUGGAGUGCUCCUACGUUGUUUCGGGGCUGAUGAAUCCCUUCAAGCCCUGCAAGAAGCACAUUCUGGAGUAUGUGGUGCGCAUCAAUCUGGGCCAAAACUUCACUUCCACAUAAAAAGAAUGGGGUAUUAUUGGCCAACCAUGGUGAAAGAUUUUUUAGAUUACGCUCGAAGGUGUAAAGCUUGCCAAUUCCAUGCUAACUUCAUACAUCAACCACCUGAAGUAUUCCACCCAACUGUUGCUUCUUGGCCAUUUGAUGCUUGGGGUUUGGAUGUUGUUGGUCCAUUGCCAAAGUCUUCUGGUGGACAUCUAUAUAUUUUGGCCGCAACUGAUUACUUCUCGAAGUGGGCUGAAGUUGUUUCUCUUAAGGAAGUAAAGAAGGAAAAUGUGGCUAACUUCAUCCGAGUCAAUAUUAUCUAUCGCUUUGGCAUUCCUCGAUAUAUAUUGACAGACAAUGGUAAGCCAUUUGAUAACAAGUUGAUGAAUAAAAUAUGUGAUCUUUUUGGCUUCAAGCAACGCAAUUCCUCCAUGUAUUAUGAUGCUGCCAAUGGACUUGCUGAAGCAUUUAACAAGACGCUCUGCAACUUGUUGAAAAAUAUUGUCUCUAAGUCUAAGAGAGAUUGA